CUGUAUUGUGGUCUACUGUCCCACAACCUUACACAAACCAUGGGUAAGGGCAAGCCUUCGACAAGCUCCCACAAGGGCGCAUCCAAGGGGUCAAAGCCGUCUGGCAAGCCGGCGGCCCCCAAAUCAAAAGGCGGCAAGAUCAGCGACGAGCUCCGCCAGGCCGUCAAGGACCUCGGCGGUGACGAGGAAGACAUUGCGCUCAUCGCCGGCGUCGACAAUGACGACGAGGCGGACGACGUUCCCGCCACCAAGGGAGGCGCCAAGGCCGACGAGAAGUCUCUCAAGGCGGCCCUCGGCGACUUCAUGAAGGGCCUCGACUUCGCGGCCGCUGGCGCUGAGCAGCCCGACCUUGACGAGGAGGAGGAAGAGGAGGAGGAGAGUGAUGAGGAGGAUGAUGAAGAGGACGAGGACGAGGAGGACGAGGAAGAUGAGGAGGACGACGAAGAGGAAGACGACGAGGAGGAGGACGACGAAGAGGAAGACGACGAGGAGGUGGACGAGGACGAUGAGGACGAUGAGGACGAGGAGGACGAGGACGAGGAGGAAGCCGUGCCGGAGAAGAAGGCUGCCCCCGCUAAGCCGACCCCUGCGGCCCUUCUCCAGCCCACCGACCCAGACCCCAAGAGCGGAAACCGCGUCCCCGCGAUCCCCAACUGGGCCAGCCUGGUCCCCGAGCUCGCCGCCCCCUCCAAGCCGCUGGGCAAGGUCGCCCCUCACAUUCUCAACAACCUCCGCCAGCGCGCCGAGCGCCUGCUCGAGAACCUCCCCGCUCCUCAGCGUGGCGGCUCGGCCGCCGACGCCAAGUUCGUCUCGGAGAUCCUGUCGGCCGGUACGCACCAGGACAAGCUGUCCGCCCUUGUGCUUCUUGUGCGCGAGAGCCCCGUCCACGCCGUUAAAGAGAUUGAGAAGCUGCGUGCUAUGGCUGGCUGGCGUGAUGGUGCUCCUGGUGGUGGCGGUGGCCGUGACGAGCGUAUGGCCACUGUCCGUGCCUUGGCAGACUGGUGGGUCACUGGUGGCGGCAAGGAGGCUGGCAAGCUCCGAUACUUCGGCGACCAGCCUCUGCUCGCUCACCCCGAUAUCACCGACCGCCACCUCCUGGUCUACGCGUUCGAGGACUUCCUCAAGAAGUGGUUCUUCAACAUUCUCCAGAUCAUCGAGGCCUUGACCCAUGACACGCUCCCCUACAUCCGCACCAAGGCCAUGGACAUUGUCUUCCGCCUGCUCGCCGGCAAUGCUGAGCAGGAGCAGAACUUGCUGCGCCUCGGCGUCAACAAGCUCGGUGACAACGACCGUUCUGUGGCCUCCAAGGCCAGCCACCACAUCCUCCAGCUCCUCCAGGUCCACCCCGCCAUGAAGGCCGUGGUCGCUCGUGAGGUUUCGGCUAUCGUUCUCAAGACUCAGAUGACCGGCGCUGCUGGCUCGGCCAACUCGGGUGCCCACAUGCGCUUCGACGCCGAGGAGAAGAAGCCCGCCGCGGCCGUCGAGAAGGGAACGGCCAACCACGGACGCUACUACGGCCUCAUCACCCUCAACCAGAUGACCCUGACAUCAAAGGACCGCGACGUCGCUGGACGCCUGGUCGAGGUCUACUUCGAGGUCUUCCGUGAGCUCCUCGGCGAGGAACAGAAGAAGGGCGAGGAGGCUGCCAACGUUGGUGACGAGACGCUCGACCAGGAGCAGCUCGAGAAGACUACCGGCAAGGUUGAGAAGUGGCGCGGUCGCCGCAAGGGUGCCAAGCCCAAGGGUGGCCACAAGGCUGCUCUUGAGAAGGAGGAACUUGUCGAGGCUGCCGAGGCCAAGCUUGUCGCCGCCGUCCUCACCGGUGUCAAUCGUGCCCUUCCCUUCGCCAAGAUCGACGACGACAUGUUUGCCAAGUACCUCGAGACACUGUUCAAGGUCUGCCACACUGGCACUUUCAACACCUCGAUCCAGGCCCUGCAACUCAUCUUCCAGAUCUGCCAGUCCCGCCAGGCUGUCACCGACCGCUACUACCGCACUCUCUACGACUCGCUGUUCGACCCUCGCCUGUUGGUCUCGUCCAAGCAGGCCAUGUACCUCAACCUGCUCUUCAAGUCACUCAAGGUCGACAACAGCCUUCCCCGCGUCAUGUCUUUUGUCAAGCGUCUGCUCCAGAUGCUCGGCCUCCACCAGCCUCCCUUCAUCUGCGGUGCGCUCUACCUUCUUGGCGAGCUCUUUGAGACCACCCCGGGUCUCCGCCGUAUGUUGAUCGAGCCUGAGGACGAUGGUGAGGAGCACUUUGUCGAUGCGCCAGAGGAUGGCUCGGCUGCCAAGCCCAAGGCUGAGAGCUCGACUGCUGCCGCCGUCGGCAACCAGUACGACGGCAAGAAGCGUGACCCUCUGUUCGCCCACGCCGACACUUCUUGCCUCUGGGAGCUGAUGCCCCUUGUCAACCACUUCCACCCCUCCGUCUCCCUCCAGGCUUCGCAGCUGCUCAUGGGUCAGCCCGUAACCGGCUCGCCCGACAUCUCCCUCAACACCCUCAUCUCCUUCCUCGACAAGUUUGUCUACCGUAACCCCAAGAAGACGCUGCAGGCCAAGGGUGCCAGUGUCAUGCAGCCCGCCGCUGCUCUUGACCGCACCGGCAUGGUCACUCGCACUCGUGGUCCCCGUACCGGCGAGGACGGCUUUGUCAACUCGGAGGCCUUCUGGCGCAAGAAGGUCGAGGACGUUCCUGUCGACCAGCUCUUCUUCCACAAGUUCUUCUCGACCAAGCUGGCCAGGAAGGAGGCUUUGGGCAAGAAGAAGGGCAAGGCCGAGGACGCCGACGAGAUGGACUUCUCAGACGACGAGGACAUCGAUGUCGACGACGAGGAGGAGGAGGCCUCUGAGGCUGCUUCCGACGCCGAGGAGGAGGCCGAGGGAGGCGACGAUGACUCUGAGAGCGACCCCGAGGAGGCUGAGAUCUGGAAGGCCAUGAAGGCCUCCAUGCCCAAGGCCGGCGAGGACUUGGGUAUUAGCGACGACAGUGAUGAGGACGACGAGGACAUCGACGUUGACUACUCGGACGACGACGAGGAAGAGGAGGGAGGCGAUGAUGACGACGAGGAUGAGGAGGAGGAUGACGACGAGGACGAGGAAGAAGAGGACGACGAGGACGACGAGCCCCUGCCAUCAUCCAAGAAGGGCAAGGGCAAGGCGGCCGAGUCUGAUUCUGACUCUGACGACGAGCCGUUCCCCGACUUUGACGAGGACGACGACGACCUCAUCCCCGAAGCCGAGAUGGAUGUGGUCCUCGGCGGCUCGGACGACGAGCCCGAAGAGGAGGAGGACGAAGAGGCUGGCGCCAAGCGCAAGCGCCGCGAGGAGCGCAAGGAGCGUCGCAAGAAGCGUAAGGAGAUGCCCGUGUUUGGCAGCUACGAAGACUACGCGGCGCUUAUCGAGGCCGACGACGACGAGAACCUUUAGAGUUCGUGUAGUGACCACAGUGACCACAGCAUUAGAUAUUGGGCCCAUCAUGCA